AUGUCAUUUCCACCUCCGCCGGCAAAAAGACCACCCAGCGGCUGUGAGACACACCGGGUUCCGGCCCGGCCUUCAUCUCUUCCCUGGUUGACAUCGCCCGUAGUAGAUCCACAGACGAUCACCAAACCUCCUGCUCGACGUGCGCUGCAGGCGAGGAAACCUGUGCCCAACAGGCCAUCCGGCGGCAGAGGGAAAACGAGCCAACUCCUGCCGUCGCCCUCAUUUCUCUCCCAGGCGGCGAAUCCUCCUCCGGUCGUUUCAAUCUCCGGCGACGCGCGAGGGAGGUCACCGCCGAAUGCUUCAGUCCUAUCCUCCCACGCUGCCCCGCAGCCAUAUUCCUUCGCCACUGGUGCGUUCGACGGUGCCGGGCAGGCCCCCUUCUCCAUCGCCUCUUCCGACUUCUCCCCAGGAGAAGCUGCCGGCGAUUGGCGCGCUCGUUCCCUCUGGCGGCAAGGAGGCCAGCCUCCUACCGGCCUGACCUACGGUGCCUUAUCCUCUGAAUCCUCUUUGUCCGACCUCGGUUUCCUCCGAAAUCGCCAGCUCGCCACUCGACCCCGCCUUGAUCCCUCUCCUUUAAUGCACCUCUGA